CACAGAUUCUAUAGUAGUAAGAUGUCUGCUGCUUGACCAAAUAUUUAAAUUUUUUUAUGGUGUUACUGCAAAUAAAGUGGGGCAAUAAGCUUUAUAAAUGGUUUGAAUGAUAAUUCUUUAGAGUUGAAUCUUUUAAUUCGUGCCGGUAUUUACUUAUAAUGCAUGUUGCUGCAUACAUAGUUAGACUAAUAUUUAUCAAGUAAUGACUUCAGGAAUUUUUGAAAUUGACGAUGACUUUAGAGAAGUUAGAUCAAGCGAUGAAGAUGAAUAUGACAUUACGUCUGAGGUCAAGGACUUCGAAAUUGAUCAUGAUCACAUGAUUGAAGAUAUGGGAGAUGAUGUAGAGAAAGUUGCUCUCUGCCAGGAAACAGUUAAUCCGAAAGAAAAAUUAGGGCCAGUAGAUUUUGAAUUAAUGAAGGUUUUAGGAAAAGGAGGCUAUGGAAAGGUUUUUCAAGUCAGAAAAAAAACUGGUAGAGAUGCUGGUUCAAUAUUUGCCAUGAAAGUAUUAAAAAAGGCUACAAUUGUGAGGAACCAAAAAGACACUGCACACACCAAAGCUGAGAGAAACAUUUUAGAAGCAAUAAAAUUUCCAUUUAUUGUGGAUUUGUUGUAUGCUUUCCAAACUGGUGGAAAGUUGUAUUUGAUUUUAGAAUAUUUAAUGGGCGGAGAGUUAUUUAUGCAUCUUGAUCGAGAAGGUGUUUUUUUAGAAGAUACUGCUAGUUUUUAUUUGGCUGAAAUCACUCUUGCACUUGAACAUCUUCAUAGUGAAGGAAUUAUUUAUAGAGACUUAAAACCUGAGAAUAUACUACUUGAUAUGAAAGGUCAUAUCAAACUCACUGAUUUUGGAUUAUGUAAAGAAUCAAUAUAUGAUGCUGACAUGACUCAUACAUUUUGUGGAACUAUUGAAUAUAUGGCACCUGAAAUUCUCACACGCCACGGUCAUGGAAAAGCUGUUGACUGGUGGAGUUUAGGAACACUUUUAUAUGACAUGUUAACUGGAGCACCUCCAUUUAGUUCAGAUAAUAGAAAAAGAACAAUAGACAAAAUAUUAAAAGGCAAACUAGUUCUACCUCCAUAUUUAACAACUGAAUCCAGAGAUUUGCUUAGAAAGCUGUUAAAACGUCAUCCUCAAAGUCGACUUGGAGGAGGGGCUGAUGAUGCAAUACCUUUAAAAGAACAUCCAUUUUUCAGACAUAUUAAUUGGGCAGACCUUUAUGCAAGAAAAGUUGAACCACCUUUUAAACCAUCCGUGACAAGUGAAGAAGAUGUCAGUCAAUUCGAUCAACGUUUUACCAAAGAAACUCCGGUUGAUUCACCGUGCGACAAUUUGCUUAGUGAAAGUGUUGACAGAAUAUUUCAAGGAUUUACAUAUGUUGCACCUUCUGUACUCGAAUCAUUACAGCGAAAAGACUCUAAUAGUUAUUCAAGAUCAUAUAGGGCAGCACGUAGAAUUAGAGAACAUUCAAAUCCUCAAAGUCCAACCAAGGUUAAGCGUACUGGUGAAACACAUAUUGGCUUUAACAUACCUACACGUAAUUCAACAGUUGAUAUUGUUACUCAAGAGUGUUGUGAGAGGUCUUCUAACAGUUCAGCUUGGAAAAAUGAAUUUUUUUUAAACAAGAACUCGGGACAUCAAGAAAACAAUUCUAAUUACUCAUGCAUGUCUUCAUCAUCAAUAUAUCCGACAUAUUCAAAUACUUUAUGUCAUAUUUCACCUUCACAGCCCCAAAGACAAGAUUCAAGCAGUAAUCUUCAAAAUGGAGGGUAUAAAAAUGUACACUAUGGUGGGACAAAUAGUUACCAAAUUCUUAACUAUGCGAGUUUUAUGCAUUCAGAUUCCACAAAUGUUUCUGGUAAUAUAAGUUAUCAAACUUAUUCGACAAAUAACGGAGCUGUUAACCAAAGUUUUAAUUUAAAUUGUAACUAUUUUGGGCUGGCGAGCUCUGUUGCUCCUAAUUUAGAAGAAGACUUGGAAAACGAAUUAGAGCCUUUUGAAAUCUUGUCCCACUAUGACGCUAAUAUUUCUCAAGAGUUAACAUCAAGAUUCAGAAUGCCUCUUGUUUAAAGUGAUGUUUAAAGGUCAUAUUACAGAACUCUUCAAUUAUUUUUAUUAAAAUUAAAAGCGUUAAAAGCUCGGUUUUACAAUAUCUGAGUUUUUUAAUUUAUUUCUUUUCUUUAAAAUCUUGGUAUACUCUUUAACUUAUUUUAUAU